AUGAAGAAGCUUGCUUUGGAUCACAAGCUUCUUCCCGAGACUCAGUACGGUGCUCCGGGCAGAUCAAUAACAGACGCUCUUAAAGCCAUGUUAGGUACUCUUGCCGACCGCGGCGUCGCUACAUGGUUCCUCCGCGUUAUUCACUUGUUUCUUUCCGACCGCUCCAUCGUUCUCAAACUUCCCCAGAGCGUUUCAGACCCUUUCUUGAUCAGCAUUGGCAUCCCCCAAGGAUCCCGGCUGUCCCCCCUACUCUUCCUAUUCUAUACGGCACCGUUGCUUAUAAUUCUUGCCGAAGAAAUUAAGAAGCUGGAUUGGCCAUAUGCUGAGGUUUAUAUCUUUGCCUACGUGGACGACACUUAUAUCAUGGCUGUCUCCCCCUCCUAUGAGGAGAACUGUUCUAUCUUGAAGGUGUUCCACGAUCUAAUCAUGAAAUGGGCCAUAGACGCUUAUCUCUCCUUCUCUCCAGAGAAGUCACUGGUGAUGCACUUUCAACCUGGCGUGAGUGACGACAAGCAGAAGAGUGACCAACGGAAACGCGAGGCCCUCGGGUUGACCGGCGCGCCAAAGGUCGAACUCCCAUGUACGCUACUGCCCGGCAUCGACGAGCUCAGGAACAACCCAAAAGGUCUUCAACCGGAGAAGCUUUUGGUUCUUGGGCUUAUGUUGGAUCCCAAGCUGUCUUUUGAACACCACUUGACACAUAUCGAGGAAAAGGUUAAGACAGCAUUGAUGUAUCAAAGACGGAUAUCUGGGGCCAACUGGGGGAUGACGCUCGAGAAGACUAGGCAGUAUUACAUCUGCAAGAUUCGGCCUGUUAUUUCCUAUGCUUGCGCAGCAUGCACGGCUCCAGAAGCUGCAGUACAAGUGCAUCAAGCUGUUGUCCUGGAGAAGGAGUGUUACAUUGACAGCAUCGAAUUCUUCCUCUACCGCAUGUCAAGGUCUUGUCGCUCCAAGUCUUUGAAGGUGCGCUGUCACGACUUCUGGUUCAACAAGGUACCCCAACAUGACGAGGAUGGAAGAUUUCAUGAGAAGUUUCACGACUACAACGAAAGCGCCUUUGACGUCCUCCAGCGCAACGCGCGAGUGCUAGUCAAAGAAGCCGGAGAACCAUUUCAAGAUACUUGGAAGUGUCCGCCGACAACAACAGUUCUUGAAGCUUGGAUAAUCCCGGCAAACCGCAACAGGGCCAUCCGACAACAGGCGAUUCGGCAGGCGACCGAGACCACUACUUAUCAGCCUCCCGCAUUCAAAGGGGAAUGGGGCGGAGAGAGUUUAGCUUACCACCGAGGUAUGACGCGACCCGAGUCUACACCUGGCAUGCAACUGCGGACUGAGUGCGUUGGACUCAAUUGGUGCUUGAACAAGUGCCACGUGUUCAGGGAGGUCAAGUCUCCUGGUUCCGAUACGGUCGUCAGGGUCCGAGUUGAAGCUACUUGUACCUGCGGGCACCCCAACCAGACGGUUUAUCACAUGUUCAUGGAGUGUCCUGAUCUCCAUGAUGCCAGGUUACUGUUGAUUCGGAAGGUCAAGCAUUUCGGAUGGGAGACGCUUCUGACAACUAACCUGAAGGUUGCUGUUCACUGGGCCAUGAUUCACGACUUCAGGUCAUUGACUUUUGGCGGACCGCCGAACCUACACAAAACUCAAUACAUUUUCCUCCCGCAGAACCCCGCGAUUACCCCUCUUUCAUCCCAGAUUUCGCGGUACGCCGUCCCUCUCAUCUUCGCGCUCUCGUGGUUUGAGAUCAUGACGAGCCUGUCGCAGCGGCUCGGUCUUCCUCAGUACCCUCUCGGCCUGCCACUCGAUGCCCUUGAGCCACUCGUCGUACGAGCCGCCGCGAAUGGCCUCGAUGAAUACCAGCUGAUCGUAGCCUGGAGCUACCCCUCUGAGCAACUUGCCUUUAAGCUCGUUGAGUUCCCUUAUCUCGAGCUUGAGGAAUCCUUUGUCGACCAGCCGGUGGUGAGGCUGCAAGACCUCCAGGAUCUUGCAACCAAAGGCUGCCAGCUUGACGCGGCUGGCAUCGUCCGUAUGCUCCCAGGCCGAUCCGAUUUCCAUGGCCAUAUCACGGAGGACAGGUAA